ACCUGAUCGAAAGAUUUGGUAAACCAUGACGUGGGCGAGCAGUGCGCAUGUAUGAAUAUGGAGAGGGCCCCUGAAAAUAGGGGGGUAUGCCUGAGUCACAUUUUUGGUAAAUCCUGAAAAAAGUUCGGACAAGUGAGCCGAAUUUCGCUCAAAAUGUUCGGAUUUGCCUCUGGUUUUUGGGCCAAUAUCCAUAAUUUUGCCGGACGGAGGCAUCAGGCAUCCCGGAUGUCCAAAAUGUUCGGAUCGCUGGGAUCAGGCCUCAAAAGAGCCAAUUUUUCGUCGGACAACAUAGAUCAGGCCUUUAAAGACACAAUUUUUUUAGAAUCUACAUUAGAAUGUCAUUUUUGAACUG